UUUUUUUUGCCAGAAGAAUUAGUAGAAGAAGAGGAGGAUAAUUGUGCGGAACUUCUUGUUUGGCGCAGAUGGUUGCACCAUGUCGAGGCGCAAGCAAGCCAAGCCGCAGCACAUCAACUCGGACGAGCCUCCCUCUUCUUCUUCCUCCUCUUCUUCCUCCUCCUGCAGCCACCAUGGGAUCCCCCAAGAUGACUCGGCUGAGGAGGCGGGCGGCUGUGGCCAAGUGAAGAGGUUCAGAAUGGACCAGACCAAGAUCUGCGCCAAGUGCUGCGCCGAGUUCUUCGACCAGGCCGAAUUCGUCGAGCACGAGCAAAACUGCGCCAAGAACCACCGGGUGCUCAUCAUGAGGGACGGCGACGGCAACGAGGGCCUUGAGGAAUACUCCCGAGGUUCCCCCGGCAGCGACCACGACGACAGCCGCUCCAGCAACCUCUCGGUCGCCAACGGGGAUCAGGCGGAAAGGGCCGAGGAGGAGGAGGAGGACCACGGCGAUCUGUCUGCCAGUCCCGAGACCAACUUCCAGCCUUGCCCUGAGAUGCAGGAUUCCAUGACGUCUUCGAAUCAGUCGCAGGAAGCCAUGCAGGUCCUCCCCAUGAUCUUGGAGCAGCUGGUGUGCCUCCAGCAGCAGCAGCUCCAGCAAAUCCAGAUCACGGAACAGAUCAGAAUCCAGGUAGCCAUGAUGACUCCGACUAGUCUCCAGUCGACAGCAGUGGAUCCCCUCAAAGCCCUGGGGGCUCAUCUCUCUCAACAGCUGUCUGCCGCAGCAGCCUUGAUAGGAAAACGGACUGGUAGUCAAAGCCUGUCGCUGGAGGCGUUGAAGACCGCUAAAGCACCUCUAGCUGCGAGCAUCUCAGCAUCUGGGCCUGGAGGACUCAGUGCAAUGGCCUCCAAAAUGGACAUUUUGAAAGGCAUUCCGGAUCGGUCUGGCCGUUUGCCAGCCCUGCUCUCGGAGUCGCCAGGCGCGGUGGCGUUCCCGGGCUCCUUUAGCAGCAUCCAAGCAGGGAUGGACUCCAAAAAAGCAAAGGGAAAGCUGCUCACUAUUCCGGUGGAGGCCAAGAACGGCGAGUCGUUAUACAAGCACAAGUGCAAGUACUGCGGCAAGAGCUUCGGGAACGACAGCGCUCUGCAGAUCCACUUGCGUUCCCACACGGGGGAGAGGCCCUUUAAGUGCAACAUCUGCGGGAACCGCUUCACCACCAAAGGAAACUUGAAAGUGCAUUUCCAGAGGCAUAAGGACAAAUAUCCCAAUAUCACCAUGAACCCUCAUCCUGUGCCGGAACACCUCGACAACAUUCCCACCAGCAGCGGUAUUCCCUUUGGCAUGUCCGUGCCAAUGGAUGAAUCCAACGAGCUUAAACCGCCAGUCGGUCAUCCGGCUUCGGGCUUUCAUUCCGCAUCAUUAUCAGGAUUCAAGACCACCUUCGAAGGCUUCGGAGGAGACCCCUUUUCCCAGAGACCCACCCCGUCAACUAGUGAUAGCUCUGUUUCCUCAAACAUCUUCAGCCAAGAGACGGCGAUGGAGCACAACCAGAAGGAUGCGAAAGAACUCCUGGCACCACUGCAUCACAUGAACGGCGGGGAGCACAGCUCGGGGACUGCGAAGCUCCAGCAGAUGGUGGACGGCUUGGAAAAGCGGACCAACGACCCCAACGAGUGCGUCAUCUGCCACAGGAUCCUCAGCUGCCAAAGCUCGUUGAAGAUGCAUUAUCGCACGCACACCGGAGAGAGGCCGUACAAGUGUAAGAUCUGCGGACGUGCCUUUUCCACCAAAGGCAACCUGAAGGCUCAUUACGGCGUGCACAGGGCCAACACGCCCCUCAAAAUGCAGCACUCCUGUCCCAUCUGCCAGAAGAAGUUCACCAAUGCUGUGGUCCUACAGCAACACAUCCGCAUGCACAUGGGCGGACAAAUCCCCAACACCCCGGUAGCAGAAAACAACUUUGAGGCUCCGACAGAAGCCACCGAGCCUUCCCUAAAGGAGAAGUCAAUGGAGGUCAAUGGUUUGGAAGACCCUGAACCGGAGAGUAACCUUCAGAAGCCAGACGAGAACGUCGAUUCCUUUCCGCCGGUGCCCGACGAACAGAAACACGACGGCCCCCCUGCCAUGUUCUCCAGCUUGGAUAUCCUGAAGAACCUCACCUCUGCUCUCGCACUCCGAGGACAAAGCAGCGCGCAUUUGGAGAGCGAAGGAACGCCAAAAGACUCGCCAUCUGCUCCCAGACAACAGGAGUACCAGAACGACCGCAGCCCGGGAAUGUCCGACUCAAUCGUUACGUUUCGUUCGGCUUCCCCCGUCAACAACGGCGCGAGUAGCUUCAACCUUCCUGAACCUGCCCCAGAGGAGUUUUCCAGGAUUUAUUCCAAAACAGAUCUCGACGGUCCUGCCCAAGUUGUGAACGAAUCCGGCGGGGCUCUAGACCUCACAGCUUCCAGCAGCUUCACCCCGAAAGCCAUCAAAGAAGAGCCCGGUUUGGCGUUCACAAACGGAGAAUACGGCACCAGUAGCAUGUCUUUCAUGAGGAUACCCUCAGGUCUGGCCGGUCUGGAGAUGAAGAUGCCAGAGAACCCGUUGGGCAGCCACGGUUUGUUCGGCUCUCCGAUGCCUCAGGGGGCGGGGGCACCUUCUCUGUCGGCCACUCCUCGUCGGUCCGCCAAGCAGCACGUUUGUAACGUCUGCGCCAAGAACUUCUCUUCGGCCAGCGCCCUGCAGAUCCACGAGCGCACGCAUACCGGGGAGAAGCCUUUUGCCUGCAACAUCUGCGGCCGGGCCUUCACCACUAAGGGCAAUCUGAAGGUGCACAUCGGUACCCACAUGUGGAACAACUCUGCAAGGCGAGGUCAGCGUCUGUCGCUCGACAACCCCAUGGCCCUGAUGGCGAUGAGCUCCGAAGCCAAGAUCUUACCGGAAAUGAUGCCGGCCCCGCCCAAAGACCCCCCGCCGGCGCCGCCCGUGAACUUCGACCCCUCCCUGUGGAACCCGUACGCCUCGGCCUUCAGCGGCGGCCUGACCAUGAAGACCAACGAGAUCUCCGUCAUCCAGGGGGGCGGCGUCCCCCACCCCGGGAGCCCCGCCGGCGGCGGCGCCCCGCUGAUCGGCUCCACCGUGGGCCUGGUGAAGAUGGACGGCUCGCACUCGCACUCGGGCUCGCACUCGGGCCUGCCCGCCAGCGUGGCCGAAAUGGACAAGAACGGCUCCGACGGCGUUCCCAAAUCCCAGUUCCCGCAUUUCAUGGAGGAGGGCAAGAUCGCGGUGAACUAGGCGGCCCGGACUCGCCUGGAUGAGGUACAAUCAAGCGUUUUAGUUGGCUUAAUAGAACUACUGUAGCUGUAUUUUAUUUGAUACAAAAAUAUAUGCGGGUAUUUUUUUUCUUUUUUUUUGCAGGAGUUUGAAUACUUGAAAAUGCUUUCAUUCUUUUUUUUUUUUUUUGAAGGAUCACUGCGUUAAAGGCUCGUCUUUUAAGGUCAGAACUUGGUGACGUAGUACCGUUCCCCUCCUGCUGCGUGUGUGUAUUUUUUUAACAGGUCUUUGCUAGUGUAGUGUUUCACCUCGCAGGGGGGGCGCCGCGUCAUGGAAUCACCCGAACGCUGCCGGACUUGAAUUGUAGAGUCCGUGGGACAUGUAGCGUUGUCUAUGUGUCACAUUUACACUCGCACGUAUUUAUAUGUUCACACAUGCGCGGAAGCCUUUUGUAAAGCAAACGGGCUGAGUUAUUUUUUUCUUUCCCACGCUCGACAAAUGAAACCUCCAGCCUGCACUUUAUCCAAGGUGAACCUCGCAUCUCCCGUUUCGGCGCCCGUUUAGCCGUCUUCAAACUGUAGCAUCCUUAAUUUAUUGAACAUCCCACAAGGCCUGAGGUAAAAAGGGAGGUUAAAUUCUACCUCAUUUUUUUGGAAGGAGUUGUGUUGUCCAUUGCCUCCCUUUUUUUUUUUUUGCCUCAACUAUACAUUCUUCUUGUUCUGCUGUGUUGAAAUGAAAUGAAUGUAUCACUGGACACUUUACCCAAGUCACAACGAUCAAGCGUUUUGUCCUCUGCUGUACAUUCCUUAUCAAUAUGCAUUUGCCACGUUGUGCCUUUUUUUUUUUUUCCAAAGAGAACCUUGUCAAAACUGCUUUCAAAGAUGUCUCUGCAAUUCAAUGUUGAGCCAAUGUUGGCUUGUUUACAGUGUACAUUUUUUUUGUUGUUUUCCACAAAUGUUUCCUUCAAUUUGCUGGUUUUGAAAAAUAAAAUCAGGGUGACUUUUUUCCAACUUUGAUGUCACUUUAAAAAACUGCAAGCACAGCAAAGAAAGAACAGUUUGUAUUCUCCACAUGUGUGCAGCUCAGCCUGAGCCUAAGCAAGUAGAGUCUGGAGACACUCUUCCAUUGUUUGGUAAUAGUUAGCCUUUUUACUUUUUUUUUUUUUUUUUUUAAUU